AAAUUUUAAAUAUUGGUGAUUUGGUGAAAAGGAGGUUGCGUGAUUUUCUUAAAACAUCAUAACAAUAUAUUUUUGGUAUCUCGGGCAUACUAUACAGCAUAACAUAAUUUUGAAUGUCAUAAAAGUUGUUUAAUUCAAAUUUUUAUUUUUUGAACAUAAUAUUGAAAAAUACCCUCACUGAUUCGAAUUCCAUAAAUUUGAAUCCAUGAACAUUGACUUAGGGAAACGGGAUUGGUUGAAGAUGUCUACACCAGCUUUACGAAGACCUAAAUUUUCAAAAGGAUCGGAUAAAAAGAAUGUUGUUGAUCAACAGUUUAUAAUAUUAACUUUAAAGAACGGAAUGAAAUUAGUGGUAUCCUCAGACAGUUUCCAUGGAAUUGUCAUGAUAGGAAAAACAUUUAGGUGCGUGUUAUGUGACGUGGAAAUAGAGACUGCAUUCAAAGAACAUCAUAAGAGUUUAGUUGAACACAAAAAGUUACUAAACAAAUUUCCAUAUGUUACAGAAUUUUCUGAAAAUUUAAUAAGACAGAUAAACAAAAUAAAUUGUUAUUGCACAAUUUGCAAUGUAACCAUGGGAUCGGUAUCAGUAAUGCUUCAUAUUAGGACAGACGAACAUAUCCACAAACUUAACAGAGCCAUUUUAAGAGCGGACACUUAUAAACCUCUUGAUGUAAACAACAAUAGUACAUAAGUUUAAUAUAUUAUAAUGUUUUUCAA